GUUGAGACCUCAUCUCUUAACUAUCCAAAAUGUUAACUCAGGUUACUCUUAUCUCUAUUAUUUUAACAUCAGUUGCUAUUCAAGCAAAGCAAUUGGACCGAGGACCCCAAACCUUUACGGAUACUAAUGAUUCGUCGGCAGGAGCAGCACAAAAUCAACAGAAAAGAUUUGCCAGUAAGGGUAUAAUAGUCUAUUUAACUGCAGAUCAAAUUAAAGAAUUUCAAGCUGGCAAGAUGGAACUUCAGUCGCUUUCCUCAGGUGAAACAUCUAUAAGUCGACGACCAAAUGUACGAAAACUGCAACAACAAAAUUCCCAAUCGAGGUUUAAUUCUCACCGUGAAAACCUUAAUAUUUUGAAGGCUCCGCUUGUGCAUAAAUCGCAGUUAGUUGACAUUGAACAGGAGCAACAAGGUGAAGGAUACGUGAAUGCACCAAACAGGCUACCAUUGAAUCGCGGUGGACUAACACCACAAUUAUUGUUGUUCAGUCCAGACAAUCAGAAACCAGAAAUUCAAUCCAACAAAAAAACUCAGCAAAGUAAUAAAAAUGAAUUGAGCCCAAGGAAUCCGGUAAAUCAAGAAAACUCAGAAGAACAGUAUUUACAAGAACAAAUUAAAAAGUAUUUUCAGAAUACUUUUGAAAACAAUAAUUAUAAACAAGGAAAGCCAGUCUCAAAUGUUCAAAGGAAUCAGCCUGAGAGUAGCAAUCAAGAAGCACAACAACAACAACAAGAGGUCGCUAAUUAUAAUUCCUUGUUGAAUGCCUUAGUUCGCGGCAAUUUGCUACGCGAACAAAACAACGCGACAGAAAACCAACAAUCGUCGGAACAAGAGAAUGCUCUUGGUAAUUUAUCGCCAGUUAUAAUCCAGAAGGAGGUACACAUUACGCAACACAAGCAUGUGCCUGUUGUGAAACAUGUUAAGGUUCCCGUCCCAACACCAGUGUUAGUUCCUAUUCUUCAUCCAUAUGAGGUGAGGGUACCCCAGCCUUAUCCUGUACCAGCGGAAGCAAACGCACGCGUGCCCACACAAGAGAGGAAUGCAGAGAGAAAUGUUCAGGAAAAUACAGAAAGAAAUGUGCAAAGAAAUAGCGAUAGAAAUGCAGAGAGAAAUGCCGAGAAAGAUGCCGUGAGAAGUGCAGAAAGAAAUGCCGAGAGAAAUGCCGAGGAAAAUGCCGAGAGAAAUGGUGAGAGUACUGCCGAGAGCACUGCUGAAAGAAAUGCUGAGGGAGCCGAAGUCCAAAGGGUGCCUUUUGAAUUGAGACAUCACGGCAAAAAUGUUUACAUUAAUGUAGACAGUCCUGCCUAUCUCCAAUUGUGGAAACACAAAUAAUAUGACUGAUAAGAAUAAUCUACUGUUAAUUAAUUUUAGAGGUAUAAGUUUUAUGCCAAAAUUGAGGCUCAACCAAAUAAAUAAUUAGAAAUUA